CAAAAAUGGCAAUUUAUUUUUGGUAAACAUUAUGAAGUAUGGCUUCGUUGAAAGUUGAGGAUAAAGAUGUUAUGAUAUUGAGAGCUGGAUACAUCUAUCGACAAAGGACGUUUUUCAAGAAAUGGAGGCGUACUUGGUUGGUAGUGUGUUUAGGUGGUUCAGUGAGGUAUUACAGGAACAGAAAUGCAUCACGUCCACAGAAAUCUUUUGACGUUAAAAAUGAUUGUAUCGCAAUAAAAGCCGGGAAACAGUGCAAAACAAUGCUGCCUCCUAAGGAUAUAGACACAGGGUGCUUAAUGGAAAUAGUCCUAAUUGGUGACAGGACACUUAAAUUGUGCGCAGCUGAUCCUGACCAAUCAAGAAUGUGGCAUCAUGCAUUUAAAAGAGCCCAGUCUGACAAGCAGUUACCUACGCCCAGACACGAGAGAAGAAAUCUCAGACCAGAGGAAAUCGAGGAGUUAGAGGAAAAAAGUUGCUGGUACUGUUGCUGUAGAAAGAAUAAAAUACAAAUGUUAAGAGACAUCACAUCUAGAUAAAUCACAUGUCGAGUGCGAAAUAGUUUUAUCAUUAGAAAUUACAGAACCUUAAGUGGUGUAAACGAUUCUACUGAUAUGGAUACAUUUUUUAUAGAGAUCGUUGUAUAUUUUCAACUGACGAUUGCAUGAGUAUUGUCUUCACAAUUGCGAUCUAAAUGAACAUCUAAUAACCAUAUCAAACUAUUAUAUUUAGAGGUUCCCUGUGAGCCUUUUCAUUGCAUCUUUUCCCUCAUAUUACUCUUUUUGAAUUAAAUUAAUAUUACAGAUA